CGCACGCGCCCCAGCCCGUCCCCGCCCGCGCCGCCGAAGAUGGCGAGCCCGGCGCCCCCGGAGCCCGCCGAGCAGGGAUCCCCGACUCCCGCCGCCGCCCCGCAGGCGCCGCCGCCGCCGCCGCCCCGGGCUCCCCCCGAGGAGCCGGAGGGGGCCGCGCCCCCCGAGGAAAGGGCGGCGGCGGGCGCGGGCCGGCAGGUGGAGGAGGCCGCGGGCGGGGUGGCAGCCGCGGUGACCUGGCUGCUGGGGGAGCCGGCGCUGUGGCUGGGCGGCCGCGCCGACGAGCUCCUGAGCUGGAAGAGGCCGCUGCGCAGCCUGCUCGCCUUCGUCGGGGCCAACCUGGUGUUUUGGUUCCUUGCACUGACUCCAUGGAGAGUGUAUCAUCUGAUUUCCGUCAUGAUCCUUACACGUGUUAUUAUGCAGAUAAUAAAGGAUAUGAUUUUGUCUAGAACAAGAGGUGCCCAGUUGUGGAGAAGCCUCAGUGAAAGCUGGGAAGUUAUCAAUUCGAAACCAGAUGAAAGACCUGGGUUCAGCCAUUGUCUUGCAGAAUCAUGGAUGAAUUUCAGCUUAUUUCUUCAAGAAAUGUCUGUGUUUAAACAGCAGAGCCCUGGCAAGUUUUGUCUCCUGGUCUGCAGUGUAUGCACCUUUUUUACCAUCUUGGGAAGUUACAUUCCUGGGGUUAUACUCAGCUAUCUACUGUUGCUGUGUGCAUUUUUGUGUCCACUCUUCAAGUGUAAUGAUAUUGGACAAAGAAUAUACAGCAAAAUCAAGUCAUUUCUCCUGAAACUAGAUUUUGGAAUCAGAGAAUAUAUUAACCAGAAGAAACGUGAGAGAUCUGAAGCAGAUAAAGAAAAAAGUCACAAAGAUGACAGUGAAUUAGACUUUUCAGCUCUUUGUCCUAAGAUUAGCCUCACCACUGCCGCCAAAGAAUUGUCUGUGUCUGACACCGAUGUGUCGGAGAUCUCCUGGACGGACAAUGGGACCUUCAACCUCUCAGAAGGAUACACUCCACAGACAGACACUUCUGACGAUCUUGACCGACCUAGUGAGGAAGUUUUCUCUCGAGACCUUUCAGAUUUUCCAUCGCUAGAAAAUGGCACGGGAACAAACGAUGAAGAUGAAUUGAGCCUUGGCUUGCCCACUGAGCUCAAGAGAAAAAAGGAGCAGUUGGACAGCGGUCCCAGACGGAGCAUAGAGAAGAAGUCAGCAGCUGGUCUCACCCUUCCUCUGAGCAGUGACCAGACCCUGCACCUGAUGAGCAACCUGGCUGGGGACGUCAUCACGGCUGCGGUGACCGCCGCGGUCAAAGACCAGUUGGCGGGCGUGCGCCAAGUGCUGUCUCAGGCUGCUCCCAGCCCCGGGGAGGACACAGACACGGAGGAGGGCGAUGACUUUGAACUCCUGGACCAGUCAGAGCUUGAUCAAAUUGAGAGUGAAUUGGGACUGUCACAAGACCAGGAAGCAGAAGGCCAGCAAAAUAAGAAGUCUUCAGGCUUCCUUUCAAAUCUGCUUGGAGGCCAUUAGUCUGGGAAUUGGCUUAUUAUGACAGAGCACAAACUACCAAAAGAAUUUCAAGCAAGCAAAAAAAAAAAAAAAAAAAAAUGAAAUCUUUUCAAACUGUGAGCUUUACUGAUUACUUUAGAAUUUUUUUGGUCUUUCCCCCUCCUCUGCAGUGAAUUCAUUGGAUAUAUGUCAGCUGACACUGAUAGAUUGAUAUUUCUCAUAGUUAUUUUUAUGUAAUGAGCAUGGAAAUGAACUUUAUAUAUAUAUGUGUAUAUAUAUAUAUAUAUAUAUAUAUACACACUUACUGUGUUGUCGGAGUUGAAUAUUAGAAGUUGUUUUUAAAGCAAAAUGAAAACACCCAAUUAUUGAGAUCCUCCCAUAAGUAUUCCUUAACGUUUUCUUCACAAUUUUUCAAGCAUGCAAAAAGUUUAUUGUAACUCACUGAAAUAUUAACAAUUAAUUGUGAACACAUACUGUAUUGGCUCCUUGUUCCUAAUAUUGGACACAGUUAAAAAAUUUUUGGUGGAUUUUGACAUAAAAAGACAAAAAUUAUCAAAGUCACUUUGGUUGAAAGACUUGGGAGAUACUAUUAAAAUCAAUUUCCUAGGAGAAUUUUUUGAAAAUAUAUUUACGUUAGAUAGGCUGAUACAUUUCCAUGUUAUUUCUGCAGUUGUAGAUUUUAGGCUUCCUUGUAAAUGGCAUGCUCCAUUGACUGCCAAGUUGGAGUCUUGGCAAUGGGUGAUAUUAGCACGUAGAAAGCAAGUACUUAGAUAUCAUGUGUCUACAAGGUGUUGAUGUAAACAGAGAUCGGCUACACUUUGUUGUUUCAUUUGUCAUGUAUUUGUGAUAAGGAUGUUGUGAGUGCAGAUCUAUUCUGCCUGCUCAGAACUAGGUUCAACCCUCACCUUUCAUAUUACAGAAAAAAGUCUCUUAAAAUUGUGAAACUAGUUCCUGGUAUGUUCUAUAAGUGAUGUGGUCAUCCACCGUAGAGAAACCAGAACUAUUUUCAUAGUCUGACUCCCCGGCAGGAGAGAAACUUGCUUGGCUUUCAAGUGUAUUUAUUUGCCAUUGAAGUCGAAACCUGUAAUCUGUUUCUUCUUAGGAAGCUAGAAUAUAUAUUUUCCUUUACUUUAAAGUUUUUAGAUCACUUAUAGAUAAUCAAAUUCGGCUUAGCUUUUUUUUUUUUUUUUCCAGCUUAGGUUUUUAACACAGGACUAAAGAGCAGAAAUCAAGCUAAUUCUGUUUGUGCAAUAGAAACUUUUAAUAGUGUCGAGGGACCAUGUCAGCAGCUACCAACCAUCUCUUCAACCUUCAGGUAGAGCUGGCAUUAGAACAGAUGCACACAGACAUCUGAGCCCCUCAGAAAGGAAGGAUAAUCCAAGAAUACAGGAAAUCUGCGGUCCCCUCUCUUUGUUUCAUCCCUUCCCUUCUGUGUCUAAACAGUGAUAAUACAUCACCUGACCUUUUAAUGUAGCAUCUCAUAUUUAGUUUUUCUUUCUGAGGUAUUAAAAUAUCUAGGCUGAAUUUUGCCAAACGUUUAAGGGAGAGAAGUGACUGAAGACUCUGACCGCUUGCUUUUCGUGACUGAUGAUGCAUCCUUGUCAUUAGUGCCUCAUGACUGUGUUUGACGUCCUUUAUCGAAACAAAAGUGAGCCUGUGCCUUCAUCAUCUUGCCCCUUUCGGUACAAAUGAAAACCUGGUGUUAGAUCUAUGAGCUGUGUGGGUUUUCGAGGAAUAUCCCUGACUUCUGUUUCAGCAAGGGUUUCUGGACAUGAAGAAAAAUACAGUCACCUAUUUAUAAAA